CAAGCUCAGUUUCAGCAUGCUUUCAAUACAGUGGCUGCAGAGCAGUUGAAUGCUUGGUUUGGAGGCUAUGCUUCACAGCUAAGUCAUAUGCAUCCAACCAAUCAUGACUUUCUUGUGCAUGUGAUGCUUUCAUAUCACUUUGAAGUUAAGGGUAACAUGUAA